AUUUCAAAUAUUGAUCCAAUUUUCUACGAAGGUGUAUAUUUUCACUUCCACAUCUUGAAAUUGCCAGAAAUCGAUAAAUUCUCAAAAUAAAUACCACUAUUAUCGUUAGUAUUGAGGUAUAUCGCUAAAUCCAGCAUUUUGAAUAUAUCAAACUGACUAAGAAUUGUGCCAAUUGACACGAAAUGAUAAUAUAGUGAGAAACUCCCUGUUAUAAACAACCCUCGAGCGACUAUUUUGUUCAGUGAAAAUGAACAGUGAGAAAAAGAUAGAGGAAGGCUUGGAGCACAUAAAGAAUGCCGAGAAAAGCUUGAAAACCUCCUUGAUGAAAUGGAGACCAGACUACGAAAACGCAGCAGAAGAGUACAAUAAAGCUGCAACUUGCUUCAGAAACGCCAAGGCUUUCGAUCAGUGUAGAAAUGCUCUACUGAAGGCUUCCGAUUGCUUCAAGCAAAACCGGUCAAUAUUUUACGCUGCUAAGGCCUUAGACCAAGCGAUUCUUGUAUCCAAGGAACUUGGAGACUUGAAAGACAUACCUGCACUUGCUGAAAAAGCUGCCAAUAUGUUCCAAACUCACGGAAGUGGGGAAUCAGCAUCUUCCUCCUUAGACAAGGCUGCGAAAAUCAUAGAGGCUCAGUAUCCAGCGGAAGCCCUUCAGUUAUUCAAACAUGCAGCUGAUAUCGCUUUGGUACAAGACAAUUCUAGACAGGCUGCUGAAUAUGUGAGCAAGGUCGCGAGAAUUCACGUGAAACUGAAGGAGUUUGAAGCGGCUGCUGAUGCCAUCAGAAGGGAAUUGGGGUUGAGGGAGCAGUGUGAAGCUUAUCAGGCUACUGGGCGACUUGCCGUUGCUCUAGUUUUGGUUCAGAUUGCCAGGGGGGAUAUUGUAGCAGCUGAAAAAGCUUUCAAGGAAUGGGGUAAUUAUUGCGAAGGCCCAGAAGUGCAGUGUUUGGAGAUGCUGCUUCAGGCUUAUGAUGAAGAAGAUCCAGAGGCUGCAAAAGCUGCCCUCAACAAUCCGUUCAUAAAGCACAUGGACGUUGAGUAUGCGAUACUAUCUAGAGAUAUGCCUUUACCUGAACAAAGUCUUACCUUAGCCAAACCGGUGGUUAAAGAAAACGCUCAAGCAAGUCAAUUCACUGGUCCAAGCAUGCCGAAUGGAGGCUCAGGUCAAGUGGAUGAAGAAGACGAGGAAAAUUUAUGUUAGGAUUUGUUGAGGGUGAAAACUGAUGGUUGGAUAUAUUGGAUAUGAGUUAAUUUUAGAAAUUGCUAUAUCUUGACGCUUUGUGUAUUCCGUUGAACCGAAACACCACCAUAUAAAUAGCCUAAAGCAAUUCAGAAGAGUAUUUUGACCAGAUGUUGAUUUUUUACGGUGAUAAAAGAUACGAUUCAGACUAUUGUUGUUUUAUAUAUUGCAUUAUUUUAUUAUAGUAUAUUAGUGCAUAGAAUUAUUUUCUAUGAUAUAAAGAAAGUUAUUAUGCAUUUUUGUUGAUUUUAACUGUUCAAUAAAAGUAUGAGUAUAA